AUGAACUCCGCACCCUCAUCACCGUUGAACGGUUCCCCCAUGCCACCCCACUACCUAAACGACGACACUUUCCAGGAACAAGAGCCCCAGGACGAAGAGGCAACCGUCUUUUCAAUCGAAACCUACGCCGAACACUGGACCGAAGAGCAAUCUUUCUCCGUCGCCACCCUGACCGCAUGCGCUAUCAGCGCCCUCGAGUCCUCCCAGGGUGUCGAAACUUUACCCUGGAAACACCCUUUCCUCCGCUCCCUCUUUAAGCAGCUUGGAAUCACCUCUCGUGCCGAGCAAGAGAUGUUCCUGUCGCUUCAGGAAACCCUUUCGUAUCAGGACUGCAACCUACAAGUCUUGGCAGAGCCCCUCCUGCCAGCCAUGUAUCGUCGUCAGCCUUCCCGCUCCCGCUCUCAAUCCCCUGCCUCCCCUCGCCAGAACUCUACAGUCUCAUCGCCAGUCUCUUCACCGCCCCUCUCACCCACACGCCGCAGGAGGAGCGUUCACCAUCAACACCAAUAUGGACAACCAAAGUCCUCUGCAUGGUCUUCGCCGCAUCAGAAGGUCAUGGACCAACUACAGUCCGUUGCAGAGGAAGAUUCCCCUGAAAUAGAUAUCCGACUAGAGGUCAUUAACGAUCUGCUCUACAUUGGUCUUGGUUUCGACCCUUCGACCAGAAGCCGAACGAAAACGCCAACCCCUCCUCUCCCUAGCCCUAUCCCGCAGUCCUCAUCUCAACAGUCGCUCUCAUCAUCGUUAAGCCAGGAUCUCGUGGGCUUCAACACGGACAUACCGCCAGGAUACACUGAGCACGACGACAUGUACCCAUUCGAGGCCACAGACAUUUGGAAGGAUGACGAGAAAUCGACUGCUGGAGCAUUAGUCCCGCCUAUUGAAAUCUCGUCUCCUCCACAGCUCCCGCCACGCCAGCCGUUGAAUCAAUAUCAGGGAGAGCGACCACCGGAGCUACCACCUAGGGCACCCAGCAUCUCCACCACCAUAUCCUCUCUGUCCUCUUCGUCGUCAUCGUCAUCAUCCAGCAGCAAGUUAUCGGGACGAGUAGAACCUCUAGAGUAUGAUGCCCGUGCAAGAGCUAUCAUUUUCGAGAUGUGCAACUACCUCCACCUCUCCUACGAAUCCUUUGUACACAUUGAGAAGCAGAUUGCGCAGCAUCUCUACUUUCAUCAGCAGGAACUUAUUGAAGCAGAGAGGGAGGAGUUGGAAGAAGAAAGGCGGCUUCAGGAAGAACUCGAGCAACAACAGCGAUUCCAGAAUCAAGGACAAGGAGCUGGAGCCAGAUUCGGCGCAUUCUUCAACAACUUUCGUGGCAACCGAGCUAGUGUCAGUCAGCCCGUCCCCGUGAACCCACACGGUGUAGCGAUGCAAACACAGGCUAAAACAUCGAUGCAGGAGCUGGAAAAGAAGAAAAAGACGUGGAAGUAUGUUGCUACAGGACUUUCGAUUGCAGCAGGCGCCACCGUGAUCGGACUGACAGGAGGUUUAGCUGCACCUUUGGUGGCUGUUGGAGCUGGAGUAUUGCUGGGAUCCGGCGCGGCUGUCCUGGGAACCACCGCCGGAAUUGCAGUCAUGGCGUCACUCUUUGGAUUGGCCGGAGGCGGCUUGGCCGGAUACAAGAUGCACCGAAGGACAAAAGAUUUGAAGGUGCUUUCAUUCACACCCAUCGUCAAGGACCCGACUCUGCCACAGAUCCCCUCCCUUCAUCUGGACAUUGUCAUCUCGGGCUACCUGUUUGACGAAUCGGAAGUCAUUGAUGCAUGGCAAGGGACUACAGAGAGCGCGCUGAAUGGGAAUGAUGUCUUCCACCUGACAUUUGAGCCCGCUGAGCUGGUCACUCUCGGAAACGCCUUCAAGGUGUUUCUUGCGACAGAGGCUGUCCGGAUGGUCUCGACACAGGUCAUUUCGCAGACGGUCUUUGCUGCAUUGGCGAGUGCUCUCGUCUUGCCUUUUGGACUUAUGCGCGCCGGCGACUUGAUCGACAACCCAUGGGUGGUUGCUAUGGAUAGAGCGCGCAAGGCGGGCUAUGUUCUGGCGGAUAUCUUGACAGAGCGCGUGCAGGGCAACCGGCCCACCACGUUGAUCGGAUACUCGACGGGCGCUGUUGUGAUCUGGGAGUGUCUUCUCGAACUGGCCAAGCGUAAAGAACACGGCCUCAUCAAUUCCGUGGUGCUGCUGGGUGCUCCUAUCAAGACUGACAUGACCGACAAGUGGAAGGCGGCUUCUUCUGUGGUCUCUCAUCGAUUUAUCAAUGGGUAUUCCAAGAAAGAUGUGGUGCUGGCAUCCAUCUACCGCCUCCACGCCAUGGGACUGGAUGUUGCAGGUCUGCAGCCUGUUGAGGCAGCGUCGCGCAUCGAGAACGUCGAUCUGACCGAUAUUGUUAGUGGACACUUGGAAUAUCGCGAGAACUUGAACAUGAUCAUCUCCCUCUUGGGUACCCUCUAG